AUGGGGGCUACCACUUUCCUUCGCGUUUCUUCUUCUCGAGGCGCGUGGACUUCUCCUCGCGCUGCUGUCACAACUGGAAGACGAGAAGAGUCUCUUGUCGUCGGCGCAAGGACGAAAGAAAAGAGAUCGCAGCCGUUCGAUGGACUUUCGUCACUUCUCGGUACCUCGUUGCAGCGCCCUCUGUGCAAGCACUUCUCUUUCUGUUCUUCCCGUUCUUCCUUUUCUACCUGUCCUUCGUCUCGUUCUCUGUCGGUUUCUUCAUCCUUCCGCUCUUCCCGUCUGUCUCGCGGGUCCUUUCAUGUCUCUCCUGCCGCUCCUUUCUCUUCAGAGAACUUGCGCGCCUCCUCGAUGUCUCUCCCGGUUUCUGCUUCUUCCUCUCUUGGCGGCUUCGCACCUGUCUGUGCUUCGAACUCUGCUCAUUCUCUUUUUUCUCCUCUCCCUGCGUCGCUCGCUUCUUCGGCAUCAACAUCCCUGACGCGUUCCUCGCGACGCUCCCAAGAUCUCUCGGAUUCUCCUUCUUCCCCGGUUUCUCGCGCUUCCUUUCCGUACUCGCUCGUCUUCGCAGCCUCUCCCCACUUCCUCCUCUCGAGGCCUUUUCUCGCGAGAAGCCUGUCCUCGACAUUUCUGCUGUCUCGCUCUCCCCCCUCUCCACGGCUUCCAGUGUCUCCGGGGACCUUGACUGCACUCUCAGCCCAGCCGAGCACUUUCCCGGCGCGCCCCUCGUCCCUGCUGUCUCCUUCGCGGGCCUUCGCCUGUCGACCGGGAGCCACACGAAUGAAAUGGUAUUUCCAGAAACCAUACGUGCGGCGAGUGAAGUCGGAUUUCUUCCGGUUUCCACUUCUUUCGCAAGUAACCAAGCAGAAGAUCGACUGGCAGUACCACCACCCGCGCUCGGGCUACGAGGCCGCAUGCAUCUUCGGUCCAAAUACCCUCGAAGUCACCAAUCUGCCCAUGGGCAAGACCUGCCAGUACCUCCAGGAACGCCUCUGGAGAUUCUUUGGAAAAUUCGGAAUUGUCGAGCAAGUCCGAGUUCUCCCUCACGAGCGAGACCCGUACCAAACCUGCGGGACUGCAUACGUCUGCUUCCGAAGUCGGAUGGCCUCCCUGCGGGCGGUGCGGCUGCCUGUACACCUGCCGGCGUCUCUCCACAACCGCGUGCUCCACCUCCGUCACCUCGGAACAGACAGAACCAGCGAUGACCUGUUCUACUUUCGGCGCCAGCAAGCCAUCUCGAAUCUGGUCGCCAUUGCCCAGCAACUGUAUGCCUAUCUUGAGGAGCGCGGUCCCCUCCCGGCCCACAGGGCGUUGCGCCUCCUGUUCGAGCGAUCGUAUCCUCGUCUCGCCUGGCGUCAAGCAGGCGUCAGCGUUCGCACAUGCUGCGGCAGCUGGCUGGGCUUCUUUUCUCGCAGUCCUUUUAACGAGUUGUUUUACCUCGCGCGCGAAGACGAGGUGGCGCGGCCAACGGAAGUGACCGAGCUCGAGGCGGACCCGCGAGCGUCGCGAAAGAUGAUUUCAAACGAAGGGACAGAAGGCGCCGCAGAAACGCGUGGAAGGAAGACAAAAAGCAAACUAGGCGACACGAAAGACGGCACCUCCCCUGGACUGAAGUCCCUAACAGACCGAGAGGAGAACGCAAUGCUGGAGAAGAUGGUCAUUUUUCCUCACCUGCUUUCUCGCGAGAAACUCCAGGCUCUGCUCCUCCGUGCAGGUCGUCUGCUGCAGAUGGACUUGCAAAACGAGCUGUCUGUACACUGGAGAACUGACAGGCCUCCUCUACCCGACUGGACGCAGAAGCAGAUUCAACUCUGGCAACACCAAGACCCCCUGCCUGAGGAAUUGCAAAUCUGGUCUCGUACCAAAGAUUACUACAAGAUCCAUGAGGAACGCUUUCUCUUCAAGUUGAAGCUGAAGAAGGAACGCGCACAGGCGAAGCAAGAAAUGAAACAGCAGCGAAGGCGCCUCGAGUUGCAGGCUUCACAGUCGAGCAGCUGA